UGUGUGUGUGUGUGUCAGUAUGAGGUCUUUGUGGUGUCUCUCUGCAGCCUGUGACUGAUAUUCUGACAGUCAGACUAAAUGUGGACACAGUUCACGACAGUGUGUGUGUGUGUGUUCUCAGAGCUGGGAUAUAGUACCUGCCGUGUCAGUGCUGUAGAUAAAGUCAGAGCAGCGUGGAGAGAAGUGAAGUGAAGUGGAGGAUUUCAGACCUGAGCAGCGCCGACAGAGAUACAGAAAGAAAACAUGCCGAGGUCUUUCCUGGUGAAGAGUAAAAGGGCCCACAGCUACCACCAGCCGCGCUACCUGGACGAUGACUACAAUAGACUGGACACUAUUCUUGCUCACGUGUGCGCAGAGAACAAAUCUCAGGCGGAGUUUGACUCCAACUUGGAGACGCAGGAGGAUGUGAGCGCCGGCGCUGACAGACUGUCCCCCGGGUCCAGGCUGCUGUCCCCGGGGUCGCUGUCCUCAAGCUCCCCGCUGAGCUACGGAGGCAGCGUGUGUGACCGGUCAUCCGACUGUGAUUUCUGGCGUCCGCCGUCUCCCUCUUCCUCACCAGAUUCAGAGAAAUGCUCCACUCCGGCAGCAGAGGACGGUCACCACUUCAACACCCCGCUCUUUCCUUACUCCUGGACGUCGUACCCCGGCUCUGAGCUGAGGCAUCUAGUUCAGGGCUCAUAUCAUCACCACAUCCAGGGCCACAGGGAGCCUCACUCACCCGUCAGCAUAUACGGUGCAGAGGACAGCGGUACCGAGCCGCUUUACGCAAAGCGAGGCUCGGUGUCCGGAUGUUACCAGGACUAUUCUCUAACGGGCCAUCAGAUCUGCAGGACGCGGGACGACGGAGACGAGCUGUAUGUGGAUGUAAAGAAGUCCCGCGGGGCGGAAAUAAAGUCUGAGAGUGACUUCGUUUGCUCUAACCGCGAGUCAAGUGGAUCCUAUAAGUGUAUUAAAUGUUGUAAGGUGUUCUCCACCCCUCACGGGUUGGAGGUCCACGUGCGGCGGUCACACAGCGGAACACGACCGUUUGAGUGCGGGAUCUGCGGGAAAACCUUCGGACACGCAGUGAGCCUGGAUCAACACAGAGCGGUUCACUCGCAGGAGAGGAGCUUCAGCUGUAAAAUCUGCGGCAAAAGCUUCAAGCGCUCCUCCACACUGUCCACGCACCUGCUCAUCCACUCGGAUACGCGACCUUAUCCGUGCCAGUACUGCGGGAAGAGGUUCCACCAAAAGUCAGACAUGAAAAAACACACUUUCAUCCACACAGGUGAGAAGCCGCACAAGUGUCAGGUGUGCGGGAAGGCCUUCAGUCAGAGCUCCAACCUCAUCACGCACAGCAGGAAACACACAGGGUUCAAACCUUUCGGCUGUGACCUGUGCGGGAAAGGUUUCCAGAGGAAAGUGGACCUGCGGAGACACAAGGAGACGCAGCACGGACUCAAAUGAGCAGACCUCGAUGCUUUAAGCACUUUUAAUGUUCUCCUCCUGUACAUAGUGAUGGUCGUGUUUUAUUUGAUUCUAUGGUUUGUUGCAUUGGCCUUAUUAUUUUUCCAAGUUGUUCAAUGUAGUUAAUUAUUUUGCCUUAACUAUUCUGGUUGAUUUUAUGGAAAUAAAAGUUUAUUUAU